AUGUACUGUCAAAAAUGCCGCACCCCGCUCAAGCUUGAUGGGUCUCUUGAGGCCCUCAAUCCUGCCGCCUUCGACCUACUUGUUGGCUCUACAGGAAAGUCUCUUCCAGAACAUCCAGAUCAUGCACCAUCACAUAGGCAAGCGUAUCCUCCUGAACGUCGCGAACUCUAUGAUCGAGCUUCCCGACAUGCCAACGCUCCCAUAUACCGACGCUCCAUACCCCCUCCGCGCGAGGCAGGCGCACAUACAACACCACCAAAAUUGAGUCGUGGCGAAAGCAGUGGUGGAAUGUCUUUUGUGAUGCUUACCGAGUCUCAGCUGGCCCCUCCUCAACUAUCUACCGGGUUGAACGGUGAUGCAUUUUUGGGACAAGGCAAAGGAGCUACGAAGACUAACGCCGGCCAAGAGACAAAGAAUCAAUCAUUAUCGGAUGAAGUUGAAAAGACUGCAAGAUUAUUUGAUAUCAUUUCUGCUCGGUCUGAUAUUGAUCACCCUAUCUGCACCGAAUGCACUGAAUUACUUGUAGAGGGACUACAUAAGAGACUGGCGGGUGCAACGAAAGAAAGAGACGCCUAUAUCUCGUUCUUAAAGACAAUCAAUGCAUCAAUACCGACGGAAUCCGAGGUGAAAGCUGCCGAGAAAAACCUUAAGUCUACAUUGCAGGAGGAGGAAGCUGCUUAUCAAGAACUGCUUGCUUUGGAGAAAGAAAAGGCAGAUCUUGACCGAGAAAUCGCUGACUUGGAGGAGGAAUCCCGACAAUUGGAUUUAGAUGAGGAGAAGUUUUGGAGAGAGCGAAACGCUUUCGCGCUAUCGUUGGCCGAGUUUCAGGAUGAGCGCGAUGCUUUGAAUAUGCGAUACGACCAUGAUUCAAGACAGCUUGAAAGGCUACAACGAACGAACGUUUAUAAUGAUGCAUUCUGUAUUGGGCACGAUGGAUAUUUUGGGACUAUUAACGGACUGCGUCUCGGUCGUCUAGCAAAUCCAUCUGUUGACUGGGCAGAAAUUAACGCGGCUUGGGGCCAAACAUGUCUCUUGCUAGCGACGAUAGCUGAAAAGCUAGGCUUCCAGUUCCGGGGCUAUCGCCUUAAACCUAUGGGUUCUACUUCACGGAUUGAGAAAUUUGAAGACUCUUCACAAAACUCAAGCCAACCAUCCAGUCAACCAACUACAGGCGCAGAUAGCUCGCCAGCUGCUAUAAAGACAACUACACUGGAUCUGUUCUCGUCCGGUGACAUGCCCCUGAAUCUUCCGUGGGUCCAUCGACGUUUCGAUGCUGGAAUGGUUGCUUUUCUUGAAUGUCUUCGACAACUGGGUGUAUAUGUUGAAAACACUCCUGUGCCCAUGGCCAGCCGACGAGGACAGCAGGGUAUCCAGACAACAGGACUUAGACUUCCCUACGAGAUCAAGCGCGACAAAAUUGGCGAUGCGAGUAUUAAAUUGGGCUUUAACCAAAAUGACGAAACAUGGACGAGAGCUUGCAAGUAUACGCUUACGUGUUGUAAGUUCCUUUUAGCUCAUGCUAGCAAUGUGGCAAGUAUAGCUGCGAGUAAUUCUCCGGCGUCUGCGGGAGCGGUUAGUCCGUCUCCGAGCCCGAGAGACACAAGAGGCCAAACUUCGAAAUGAGAUCGAUGCGUACUGGAAACGCAGUCUUCUUUAUUUAUUAUUUCCUCUUCCGACAGACCUAGGAACAAACAGUCCGGAUGGAGGCUUGUGGAUAUGCUUUGAUACUGUUCAUCACUACAUCAAUUCUUGUCUGUGAGAUGGUACUCUAAAUGACAAAGACGGAGUCUCUCGGCACUCACAAUCCUACGGAGUGGCAUCUCAGUAUCAUGAACCAUAAUCCAAUGGGAUAGAAGGGAAACAAAUUCGCGAACGAUGGACACUCGGCUUCCCAUUUUGGAUAUAAGACUAGAUGUAUCAAAUCAGGGCAUGGUGCAGUUUUCCUCACAUCUAUACCAAUGCUAAAUCUUGUUCCGAAACUCAUUUUCUCAUUUUGCUCUCACCUACCAACGGAGAAGAUGCAUGUUCAUAUCCAUGUUCAUAGCUAGCUGGCUAGAUGCCAGUGACAACUCUCAUCCUCAAUAUCGG